AAGUGGUAAGCUUUGGGUCUCCUCAUCCCGCUUUGGCUGGCCGCCCUGCUUCAGCGCCGUCAGCGCCGCCAUCAUGGAGGACGAAAGCCGACACACAAUCUGCUGUCGAUGGAAUUCGGGAAGAGACGACCAAUCUAUCGUCUGAGAGGUCGAAACUCGAGGAGAGACUCUCGAAAGAGAAAGCCGAGCGAGCUUUGGAGGGUCGCGAUCGUUCUGCUUCGGCUCCGGACGUCCGUGAUUAUCGACCGCGGUCGCCUCGGGGGACAAAAGCCGAUAGAGCUAUGGGAAAGCGACCUGCUUCAGUUCCACAUGCCCCCAGGGAUCUAUCGCCGCCUGCGUGGAGGACGAAAGCCGAAAGGGGUCCGGCGGCUGUUUCGGACAAUCGGCAUGAUCGACCGCCGUCUUGGAGGACAAAGCCUGAUAGACCAUAUUGGCGUGACCCGGGUUACGGCACCGUCGACUGGUAUCUCAGGAGUAGUCGUCAUGACGAGGAUGGUGAUGGCGGUGAUGGCGGUGGCAGCGGUGGUGGUGAUGAUGAUGGCGGCGAUGACAAGUCCUGACCGGUUCCCCUCCCAAACAUUUCGAUGCCCUCUUCUCUUCUUAUCUCCUGUCAUCUUCUUCGGCUUCAUGAUGUUUUACUUUUCUACUCUACUACUUUAUCUUGUUGUUAUGUCUUUUUAAAGAGGGGGGAAAGCAAGCUGGCUUGAAAGCUUUAUUACCAUUCUUCGUUUUUCAUUUAUUGAAGAUUAGGGGCUGAUGGGGGGCAUCAAGGGAUAGGUAGGCCAUGGCGUCGGUUGGUCAAUAGGAGUCUGGUUGGUCGGUUGGCUGGUUGCUGGUUUAGGUCCAUAGCAUUUGAUAGCGAGGGGCAUCUUCCUCUUAUGUCUUUAGCAUCAACUUGAAUGUGAUGCGCAGUAGUUAAUCAACCUCGG